CGAGUCUCCCACACAAACACAAACACACACACGCACACGCGCACGCACACGCGCACGCACACGCAUACGCACACACACACUCACAGCUGGUACGCCUUGGUGCGCCAUACGUGGAACCCGUUGAACCGCCAGCUCGCUUCGCUUGGUCUUACCCAUCGCCCGGCCCGCGCCCUCUAGCCGCAUCGACGUGCCGCCGCCGCCCAUCUGACAAGUCAAGUCCGGCGCGCCUCUCUGCAGCGUCGACGAUACCUUAUUUAUUCGCUGGCCUACCGUCGCGCACGCACACCUCCCUCGCCCGUUCAAUGCGUGACAUGAGUUCCGCAUCGCCAACAAUCACGUUCUGCGGCUGCUCAGUCGGACGUCUCGCCCGUUGAGACUAUCAACGGUCAUCUCGCAGCGACGCUUUCCUUUUCCGGUCAGCGCGCCCUGUCUUCAUCCUGCCUCCCGCUUGCCUCAAGACCGUCUAGGCUGGUGCGGGAGGUGGAAGCUGCCAGGCGAAAUCCGAUUAUACCACUCGGGAAUUGAAGUCCAUCCCUGGCCCCCUGUCCCAGGUCGACCUCUCGGUCCUUGCGCUACGCCUACUAUCUGGCUAACCGCGUUGCCGAAGCGAGCAUUCACAGCCGCAGCGCCUGGGUUUCGAAGUAUCUACUUUUUUUCAUAUAUAUGGCGAGCCCAGACAACGCUCGAUCUCGUCGCAGUCAUGACGGGCACUCGUGACUCACCAUCGACCGCGGCUGGCACGUCGCCCGCCAUCCAUUCUACCGACCCUGUGGCGACCGAUCCAGCACUGCUUCGGGACAACUCACAGAUCAAGUCUUACAAGACGAGCCGCUUCGAGUAUCCGGACAUUCGCGUCUUCUUCCGCCAGCAUGCCAAAGCCAAGGAGCUCCCGGCACCGCUGCCCCUCAUCGUGUGCAUCCCCGGCCUUGGGGGUUCGGUUGCUCAGUUCCAUCCGCUUCUGAGCAGCCUUGUGGACCUGGCCCCAUGCCUGGCAGUCGAUUUUCCUGGUGGCGGCCGCUCUGGCUACUCUGUCACGUCAUGGGAUGCGUACACGCCGGCGGCUCUCGGCGAGUUGCUCGAGCUUAUCAUUGAGGAUUAUCGUGAUAGCGAGGCGGGCCAGAACGUGGUUCUCAUCGGACACAGCAUGGGUACAGCUUUGUCGGCCUGGCUCGCUAAUCGGCGCGUCCCUCACGUAACUGCGCUGGCGGACCACAUCGUUGGCCUCGUUGCGAUUUGUCCCACGUCUGGACCGUGGGAUGAGAAGAGGUCCACUUUGAUGCGGCGCCUCUUCUGGAUCCCGGGCUGGGUCUUUUCGCUGUGGCGAGCCUGGGAUGCGUGGGGAGGACCAGAGAGCCCCAGCGUCGCCCGCUUUGUGGGUGCAGGGGCCGAGCCAGAGCUCAAGGGCUUGCAAUACCGCUUCAACCAGCAGAGUCGAACGCCUGUCUUCAGGCGCAUGGCCUAUGGCGCUCUCCCCGUGUACCGCGACGGGAAAGCCGAGGGUGGAAUCCCGGGACUCGACAUCUGGGCUGGCUUAGACAUACCCGUCUACCUGAUCGCUGGCGAGAAGGACCAUCUGACCCCCCCGACCGAGGUGGGCAAGAUAGCCAAGGCCCUGGGCUCCACCGUCGAGGGAACAGCCGCGAAUGGGGAUGUUGAGCCUGACGUCCAGGGUCCAGAGGCUGCGGCACCUGUGAGCAUGUCGAUGAAGCCCCACGAUCACGUCCCCAGCGAUCCUGCCGCGAAUGGUCACCUCCCCCGGAAGAGUGUUGACGGCAACGCAUACGCCGGCGACGAUGCGCACGAUGAUCCGUCGACGCCCAUGGACUCCGACAUGUCGGGUGACGAUAAAGCAUCUGUGCCGCUUCCUGUUCAGCCAGCCCACCCCAAGAAGGUGGUGCAGUCCAUUGUCAUUCCCGCGCCGGCGAACCACGCUCUGCUCUACAUGCCACGAUCUGCCCGCGCAUUGGCCGGCCUCAUCGCGGACUUUUUGGCGACCAAGAUUACAGGUCGGCUGUCUCUUGCCUGGCAGCUGCAGUACCUCUCGCGGGAGGGCAAGUGGGACGUGAAAAAUCUCAACAAGUGGAAGUCGGUGGCGCCAGUGUCGCACGCCAUUGGGCCGGAGGGAAAGCCGGUUUUCAGAGCCAUGAAGACGCUGCGGGAGGCGGAUGACGUGCACUGCCCCAAGGAGUUUGUGGACAAGUGGUCGUCGAUCAUCAAGGACGUUAUAGACAUUUCCAAGGACCAGCCAGUCUACGACCCGCGUGGCCUGGAACGAGGUGGCGUGCAUUACCACAAGUUUCCGACGGUUUCAAAGAUCCCUCCUGAGGGCCACGAAGUUGAGGCUUUUAUCCGACUCGUGGACAAGCUGCGCGAACGCCAGAAGGAACGAGCCGUCGCGGAAGCGUGGGACGACCCGGGCAAGUGCGUCAUUGGCGUGCAUUGCCACUACGGCUUCAAUCGCACAGGAUACUUCAUCGUCUGUUACCUGGUGGAACGGUGCGGCUUCUCGCUGCCCGAGGCGAUCGACGCCUUUGCCAAGGCACGGCCAAACGGUAUCCGCCACUCUCAUUUCUUGGAUCGGCUUUUUGUGCGGUAUAACAUUGACCGCGCGCAAAGGUAAAAAGGGGAGCUGGGUCUGUCCGUGGGCGGCAGCGAGCGGGAAGAAGCGAGGGACCCUUGCUCUCAAGCUCGGCUCUGUCCGACUGCUACUUGAUCACUAUCACGGGAGCAGGAUUGUGAAUCGCGAGCGAUGAUUUUCGGCGUUUCAUGGGACGCUUUAGAAGGUGGUCUUUGUUACCGAGUCUGGGUGUACUGCCUUGUUCGUUCCAUGGGCUAUCAAUGUAUGCACGCUGUUGUUCCUCCCGCCGGUAUGGUUGUGUACUACUA